AGGUUUUAAUGACAAAAUAACAAGACUGCACUGGUACUAAUACCACGAAACACCGCAAAGGCAAGACUACGUUAUCAAGAUGACACAGGCCUUAUCUUAACUCUGUUUAAGUAUCUCAGAGCACGGCGGAGCUGGUGUUCGUGGUACCUCUGGACGUGGACUUCAUCACAACUUCCCCACCAGGACAUCAUCAGGAACUACACCUCAGACUGCACCCAGGUGUAUACUCCACAGUGUGAAAUUGAAGGAAAGACAUGGAAAUCCAUCGCGUUGAGAAACUAUUAUUAACGACGCAAGUAAUACAAACAGGAGCGAGGACGAACCGAAGCCGAAGUGGACAGUGAGUGUUGACGCAGCGGCGGGACCUGCUCCACAUCCAUGACAUUCUUCCAUCCACCAGCUGCUGUUCCUGCCACUGUGGCCGAGUGAGGGGGGACAGUCGUCAUGGCCAACCUGUUUGGAAUAAUAGUAUCAGGGAGGCUGGUAAUUAAUCCCCAUAAUUACCCUUUAGCUUACCUCAGGUCCUUAACGAUGCGUGGAUGUCCGAGGUGCAGACUAACUUUCAGCAGUGUGGGGAAACCCAAUUCUUGACAGUGAUUCCUGAGGCAGACAACAUCAAUCAUGUUGUUGUUUUCCUUACUGGCACACAACCUUUCCCGGAUGGUUUAGGGGGCUCAGUGUACUUCAGUUGGCCAGACCCAAAUAAGCCCCCAACAUGGCACCUUCUUGGGAAUAUCACAAAUGAGAAACCAUCUGCCAUCUUCAAGAUCUCUGGCCUGAAGCAGGUCAAUGGGACAAGCCUCCAAACGGGCUUCACUUUUGGGGAGCAGAAGAUGUCCCAUAAUGCCCAGAUUGGCAUCUCGGUGGAGCCUCUGAGCCAGAUCCAGGGGCAGGUCGCCAAUCCAUCCACUGAGCCUUCCACCCUCAACUCCUACGUUGAGUUUAGUCAGGCCAUGUGUGAGAACCUGUACAACUAUGCCUCCAGCUUUGCCCAGAGUCCAUCCCACAUCACUCCUAAUCCCUCAGACCAGUACCUUCCCCUCUCUGUCCUCUCAAAGUGGUAUGAGAACUUCAGCCGUAGAUUACAACAAAAUCCCAAUUUCUGGAGGAAGUAGUACUAUUUUGGGCUAGUAGAGAAUCUUCAACCUUGUUUCUGGAGAAUGUAAAGGUAAAUCUGCUUCAUUCUGAGUUUUGAGGAAUAUUAAGUUGUCUUAGUUACAUUAAUAUCAUAAGUGUCAAAGUAUUGAGGUUCUUGUUAAAAAUUUUAGGAUCUCUGCUUUCAUUUGAGCUUUGGGAAGUUCAUUACAAAUAUCAUAGAUUGCAUAAAUGAGAUGCUAUAGUAUCAAGUCACAUUUCUCUAGUGUUAUGGUUGGCUCAUGGUGAAAUCAAGAGUAGGGUGGCUGUCUGUUGAAAUACUACUGCUAAGCUCCUUAUGUGUGGAAUGAUUAAAGAAUAUUGGACACAGUAGGAAUAUUGUAACAAUUGUUGAGCAGAAUCCAUGUUGAUUUGGAGUGUAAAAGCUAAUAUAGACUUCUUAUAUCCUUAAAUAUUGGAAAUUAGUGUUCAUGCAAUACAAAUUUCUCUUACUGGAUUACAAUUACUGAAUUGAGAGAAUAUGUAAUCUGUACACAGUUUACACAAUUAGUUGUUUAGUAGUUUAUUUUUUAUAACAUCCUGCUAAGUAUUAUGGUGCAGGAUUUUUAUAAAUGAAGGAAUUUGAUCCAUAGGUCUUGCUCACAUAACUUAGAAUAGUGUGUCUCAUUCUCCUUGUGGUAAUUUAUGUUGUGAAAUACAAGUGUUCAUUGCACAGUUUAUUCAGGUGUAGUGACAUUGUUUUGCAGCUGAUCUGUAAUUGCCUUGUUUGUGUGUAAUUUAGUUCUGUGUAAGUAAGCACCGAUUGUGAUCAGUUACCUGUACAGUUGGUGCUUCUAUCUGUCUACUAAUUAAGAAUUGAGGAUGGUGCUUUUCAAGUUUAGUGAUGAGUUCAAUAUUGUGUGUUGAGUCACAUGCUGUGUGAAGGCAGGAUCACUUGUAGUUGUUCUUUAUAAAGAUUUAUGAGAAA